CAAAUGUUGUUUCUUCACCUCUAGACUUCUAACAGAAAAACAUACAAAUUACUGAACUAUUCUGCCGGACUACGAUUUAUCGUGAUUCAUGCGUGAGCAAAAAUGGCAUCCCAUUUUUUGAUUAUUUCUCUAUUCUUCGUGUUCCUCGCAAUUUCAACUACUUUUGGUGAAAAUGGAGAGACCGCUCUCGAGAACACUUAUGGAAUGGCUCCUGAAGAAGGUGUGCUCGGCCAAUUGAUUCGAGCCAAGAGGCAAUGGGGAUGUGGAUGUGAUUGCUGGGGAUGCUGUGGUCCAACACCUGAUCCUGCUGCAACUCCGGCUCCAUGCAAUUGUGGAUGUUGUGGAUGUGGAUGGGGAAAAUAA